CGCCCAGGUAUAUAAGUCACGGCACUUGGAUUUACUGAAAAUUCAUUUUACACUGGAAGAAACCUCUAUUUUAAGCUUCUUUUGUUUUUGUUUUUUUUUUCCUCUUUUCUUUUCUUUUUAAAUUUUGUUUUCAUAGGCAUUCCAAAGGUUCAGGUUUGAUCCGAGUUACUAACGGAAGGAAGAUAAAGAUCAAAUACUCAAACACCAUUAUCUUCCCUAUCGCUACUGUUAUUGUGUACAUAUGCAUAUGUAAAGAGAAACAGACCAAACUGAUGAAGAGACGGUAGUCACCCACAGGUGUUGUAGAAGUUGUCUGCUUCCCAUUUGCUCUCAGUUAUAGGAAAACAGGAGUGGUUGGGGGCUGAGGAGAUUGAAAACGAGAUGGAACAUCAAGAAAUAAAACUCCACAUAUCCCCAACGAAAAAUGGCAUUUAGGAUUAGUCGGUUUCUUUCUCUCAAUUUGUUUCUUUAUUUCCUUCACUGACGUUUUGAGAUCUGCUGUUGUUCCAUGCAUUUAGGUUUCUCCUCUUAUUCUCAGGUUGCUCUGCUCUACAAUUCAGGGUUUUGAGACUUUGAGUUCUCCGUUUCUUCCCAUCCGUAUAAAAAAACUGGGUUUCCGAUGCAGCAUGUAGACAGUUUUGUUUCUUCCUACCCACGUCAAAAUGUCGUGUCGGGUCAACGUCAUUUUCAUACAUUGAAUUCGGUGUUUUGUGUUUUCCCGUUUCUUCUUUCCUCGUAAGUGUUGAGAAUUAUUAGAAAUCUUCGGCCAUAUCUCCCUUCCGAACGUGUGGUGCCAUGUCUCCGUUUACUCCUCAAAGUUCAGCAUUGAAGUCUUUGUUAAAACACAGCUUUUGGUUUCAUUGUUAACAAAAUCACGGCAACAGCUUGAAGUCUAUUUUGGAGGUGGGCCUCACGUCAGUGAGACCUUGUCAUUGUGACCACGGCGUUCGCUGCUUCCAAGUCAUAAUUUAAAUGCAUAACUUAAAUUAUUAAAUGAAUCAAGCUUAUGUAAUUGUUAAGAUCUGCUUUUUCAUUGAUAUUAUCUUCCUCCUAAUUAUAUAAGUUUAUUAUUAUCCGAUCUUAACAGUCAGAAUCGAUUGUCCAACCAAACCCAGUCACCCGCACCUGUUUGGGCCCACGCCGGGCACGAACUUUUUCCUACAUUUCAUUUCACGGUUUCCUUUUUUCUUUAAUUUUCUUUGGUUUUUUUCCCCUCUCUUCACACAAGGUCAGACUAAAGCAGAGAAAAUCGCGGUUCCACUUGCAAGUUGCAACAUCUUUCUUUUAAAUAAACGUACACGUGAUUAUAAUAUUUCCCUUUCGUUUUUCUCUUACAAGAAAGACCCAUUAUUGUAAGGCAACCAUAGAAAUGGGCAGUCCUACCUAAAUUUUGGGUCUUCCCUACAACUGUCAGGGAGCUUAGCUGUUGUAGGAGAUGAACGAGUUUCUCUACGAAUCACAAAGAAAAAACGGAAAUUUAGAGCACUUCCUUUGACCAACUUGGGCAUCAAAUUUUCAUGGUCUUUCUCUGCAGCCAUCACCCCCACAAAUUGGAAAAACCUGCACAUACAUUUUCCCAAUAGUUCACCCCAUAACCGAAUAAAACCACCAAUUGUAACAGGUGUCCUUAUUUUGAGGUUGAUUGCGUGGAACUUCUGUCUAUCAUUGAUUGGGAAAAAAAGAUAUUUGACACCUACAUGGUCAUCGGAUAGUCUAUGGUUGCAUCGCUUCUUUCGCCUUCUUCAGAGAAAAAUAGAGACAUUGAUCCUUCAUGUUGGUUUUGCUCAUUUUCUUUACCUGGGUAUUGUAGUAUUUUCCCUCAAACUGUUGAUUUUGAUGGCAGAAAGGAGAAUGGAAGUUUGAAGAAAAGCAUUGAAGAAUGAGCAGAGAACAUAGCAGUGUGGUGAAGGCGUGGGAGGCCACGGUCAGGAAGACCCAGGCCGCCGCAAAGAGGCGCGCACACAGCAUUUUCGGGACAAUUUCUGUGGCCCAUGCAGACGAUGAGGAAGAGGAGGAAAGCCAAGAAAGUGGACGUGGAACAGGGGAAAUGUACCAUGCAGAGAGAGUUCUAUGUAAUGGGGAUUAUUAUACUGGCCAUUGGGCUGACAAUUUCCCACAUGGCCAUGGGAAAUAUCUGUGGACAGAUGGGUGCAUGUACGUUGGAGAAUGGUUUAGGGGCAAAACCAUGGGGAAAGGUAAGUUCAGUUGGCCUUCUGGGGCUACCUACGAAGGGGAAUUCAAGAGUGGUUACAUGGAUGGCAAGGGCACCUAUACUGGGAACAAUGGGGAUACCUAUAGGGGUCAGUGGGUAAUGAACUUAAGGCAUGGCCGUGGUAUUAAAAGUUAUGUCAAUGGAGAUUUAUAUGAUGGGGAAUGGCGACGUGGGUUGCAAGAAGGCCAUGGGAAAUAUCAAUGGAAGAACGGGAAUCAAUAUAUAGGUGAAUGGAAGAAUGGGGUUAUUUGCGGUAAGGGGACAAUGAUUUGGACGAGUGGGAAUCGGUAUGAUGGGUACUGGGAAGAUGGGUUACCUAAGGGAAAUGGAACUUUCAGAUGGGCAGAUGGGAGUUUCUAUAUGGGCAACUGGAGCAAGGAUCCUGAUGAACAAAAUGGGACUUAUUAUCCAUCCGGGGUGUCGCCAGAGGCAACUCUUGAAUGGGAUCCUCAACAGGUGUUCAACGUUGAUUUGAGUGAUUGUAAGAUUUGUCCUGGGGAGAAGGUCUCUAUAAUGCCAUCACAGAAGAAACUUGCUGUUUGGAGGUCUUCAAAGGCUGUAGAUUCAAGUGUUAGGCCAAGGAGAAUGUCGGUGGAUGGCAGGGUAAGUCCAGGUGCAAUGAAUAUGUGGGACGAUGGGGAUUGUAGUUUUGAUAGUACUGAUGGUGAUUCAAUAAUGGGAAAUUUUGAUGAGAGUCUGCUGGACGCUGGGCAGCAGAAUAGACCACCAAGGAUCGUAAAAAGACAAGGAGAGACAAUUUCGAAGGGCCACAAAAACUAUGAAUUGAUGCUUAAUCUGCAGUUGGGAAUUAGGCAUUCUGUUGGAAGACCUGCUCCAGUGGCAUCCCUUGAUUUGAAGGCUUCAGCUUUUGACCCUAAGGAAAAAGUAUGGACAAGAUUUCCUCCUGAAGGAUCCAAAUACACUCCACCCCACCAGUCCUCUGAAUUUAAAUGGAAGGAUUACUGCCCUUUAGUUUUCAGGACUCUAAGGAAGUUGUUCAAGGUGGAUCCAGCUGAUUACAUGAUAUCCAUAUGUGGAAACGAUGCCCUUCGAGAACUCUCUUCUCCAGGGAAAAGUGGAAGCUUCUUUUACUUGACCAAUGAUGAUCGGUACAUGAUAAAAACAAUGAAGAAAUCAGAAGUAAAGGUGCUUCUAAGGAUGCUUUCUGCCUAUUAUAACCAUGUUCGAGCCUUUGAGAAUACUCUAGUGACCAAAUUUUAUGGUCUGCAUUGCGUGAAGUUAACUGGGCCUACCCAGAAGAAGGUUCGCUUUAUCAUUAUGGGGAAUCUUUUCUGUUCUGAAUAUACCAUUCAUAGACGUUUUGACUUGAAAGGGUCUUCCCUUGGCCGCACAACUGAUAAGGCUGAGGCAGAGAUUGAUGAAACUACUAUCCUCAAAGACCUUGAUCUUAACUUUAUAUUCCGACUGCAGAAAUCAUGGUUCCAAGAGUUCCGCAGAAUGCUGUUUUACAGGCAAAUUGAUAGGGACUGUGAGUUUCUCGAACAGGAGAGAAUUAUGGACUAUAGUCUUCUGGUGGGGCUUCAUUUCCUAGAGAAAUCAAUGGCUGGGGAUCUGAUUCCCUCUGGAGCUAGAACCCCUAUCGGUGACUCAGAGCCUGAAGGAGCCCCUCAGCUUUCCAGGGUAGACAUGGAUCAGCUUCUUGUAGACCCCUCAUGGUGGGCUAGCGUUAAAUUGGGGCAGAACAUGCCUGCACGGGUGGAGAAGACGGUGAGAAGAAAUGACUGGGAAUUUCAACAAACAGGGGAACCAACUGGGGAGUUUUUUGGAGUUGUGAUGUUCUUUGGUGUCAUUGAUAUACUUCAAGAUUAUGACAUUAGCAAGAAGCUUGAGCAUGCAUACAAGUCCAUCCAAUAUGAUCCAACCUCAAUAUCAGCUGUUGAUCCAAAACAAUAUUCAAAGCGGUUUCGUGAUUUUAUUUUCAAAAUUUUUGCUGAAGAUCCUUGAAAGCUUAGUGCCUAAGCCACCUCUCACUCUCUUCUCAGUGUUGCUGGUGGUUUCGCUGGGUUGCCUGAUGAGCAUGCCCUGUAUAUUCACAGGUCUACUGACCAGCAAAGAAGUACCAUUGUGGCUGUUAACUCCACCUACUGGAGUUGAGUCUUUGGGUAACUUGCAUUGGUCUUUCCCUUCCCCAUUCUAUGCUUUCCUUCCUUCUAUAUAAUUGCUAAAGAUAUACCAUGUUUUGGUAAAGUUAUAGAAAAUGUUGUAAACAUAAGCAGCAGAAAUUAAUUGUCAUCCAACUGUAAAAGAUAUCCCAAGGAUGUAAAAAUGUAUCACGAUAUAUUCAAUUUUCAACCAAUUCUUUUCUCGGGGACUCAUAAAGGAAA